AUAGCCGCAUACCUCUAAUUAAGUCUUUGUUCGUUCAUUCUUCCUGUGACAGAUACGCCAUGGAUUCUCCUGUGACAUUCUCGUACGGGUUGGAUCGUCGUCCGAAUCAGGACUUCUCAUGCUGGGUGCUAAGCUUCAAGGGCGUCGACAUCCUCAGCCGCCAAACCCUUCUCCCCGACGGUGAUUCCUUCAGUCUUCCCGACGAAACCACCGAAGCUUUCAGAGCCUCCGCGUCUCUUUCCGAACCGAUGAACCACAACGCAAUCGUCGAAAUCGUCAGCGGCCUUCAAAACGCAGACGCAGCAGGGGUUUCAACGCGUAACGCCUCGUCCUACAGCGGCGAAUUCUUCCUCAUCACGGCCCACUUUCGCAUGUUUGGCGUCCCAAAGGAACUCUACACCGAGGUCUUGAAAGAGAUCAGUGACUACGUGAGACGGAAUCCGCGAGUAACGGGAGGAGCGAUCGAGGUCGAGGUUUGGAGGGUAAGAUCAGAGACGGUGCAGCUAGAUGAAGAUCCCGAAGUCGAUGCUUACGUCGAGAGUAUGUUUCCGGGGAUCUUGUCUUCUCGGGAACCCGUCCCUGCCGAUUCCUCCGCCAUCGAUUCGCUCGGAACCGUCAGAUUUACUCGGGAAUGCGCGAUCUGCGUGCAGGAUUUCGCAGAAGGUUCGAUGAUCACUAGAUUGCCUUGCGAUCACACGUUUCAUGGAGAUUGCAUCAAAACCUGGUUGCAGAUCAAUCGCGAGUGCCCUCUCUGUCGUAAGCCGGUUUGUUAAGAUCUCGAACACUUUAGUUUUGUCGGAAGUUGAAAACUCAGAAACAUUCUUGCGAAGUUUUUUUGUUUUUUGGGUCAUUGACGAAUCUUACGAAUGUUCGGAUUGUAUAUUUUUUUUU